CCAGCUCUCGCCAUGGCCGUCGAUCUGACCCCGAGGCAGCCCACCAAGGCCUACGGCGGCGACGGCGGCGCCUACUUCGAGUGGAGCCCCGCGGAGCUGCCCAUGCUCGGCGUCGCCUCCAUCGGCGCCGCCAAGCUCUCGCUCGCCGCCGGCGGCAUGUCCCUCCCCAGCUACUCCGACUCCGCCAAGGUCGCCUACGUCCUCCAAGGCAAGGGAACCGUCGGCAUUGUUCUGCCUGAGGCCACCAAGGAGAAGGUGGUUGCCAUCAAGGAGGGUGACGCUCUGGCGCUCCCCUUCGGCGUUACCACCUGGUGGCACAACACCCCCGAGGCGUCGACCGAGCUGGUCGUCCUCUUCCUCGGCGACACUUCCAAGGGCCACAAGCCCGGCCAGUUCACCAACUUCCAGCUCACUGGCUCUAGCGGCAUCUUCACCGGCUUCUCCACGGAGUUUGUCGGCCGUGCCUGGGACCUCAAGCAGGAUGACGCCGCAAAGCUCGUCUCCAGCCAGCCUGCCUCCGGCAUCGUCAAGCUCACCGCCGGGAAGAAGCUCCCGGAGCCCGUCCCUGAGGACCGCAAGGGCAUGGCACUCAACUGCCUGGAGGCCAAGCUGGACGUGGACAUCCCCAACGGUGGCCGCGUGGUGGUGCUCAACACCGUGAACCUGCCGCUGGUGAAGGAGGUCGGCCUUGGUGCUGACCUUGUCAGGAUCGAUGCCCACUCCAUGUGCUCGCCUGGGUUCUCCUGCGAUUCUGCCUAUCAGGUGACUUACAUCGUCCGUGGCAGUGGCCGUGUUCAGGUCGUUGGCCCUGAUGGCAAGCGUGUUCUGGAGACCCGCAUUGAGGGAGGCUCCCUUUUCAUCGUGCCCCGCUUCCACGUCGUGUCCAAGAUCGCCGAUGCCUCCGGCAUGGAGUGGUUCUCCAUCAUCACCACCCCCAACCCGAUCUUCAGCCACCUUGCUGGGAAGACCUCGGUGUGGAAGGCGAUCUCGCCGGAGGUGCUGGAGGCGUCCUUCAACACGACGCCCGAGAUGGAGAAGCUCUUCCGGUCCAAGAGGCUCGACUCCGAGAUCUUCUUCGCCCCCAACUAGAGUCAGCCAUUCGUCUGGCGCACAUCCGCAGCUGUCGAUAGGAAAUAAAUAAAUUUAGGAGAUUGAAACUCGUUUGGUGCUUCGUUAGGGUCUGAGUCUGUCAGUUAAAUCUUUUUCUGAAACGAAAUGUUAUUGUCAGACUGUGGUUGGUUAAUUGAGCUGCACUGUGCUAUGGCUGUAAGCUUCUUCCUGAAACUAUAAUCCUGCAGGAAAGUACUCAUAUUUGCCAUGCCAAGUUCUUAUGGAAUG